CAUACCUUCGCAAUUCAUUCCUCCCCUUCCUCUGCCCUUGGCUCCAUGCCUUCCAUGUCUCCAACUACAGCCCUCAUCCGUGUCAUGUAGAAUGGUGCAGAGAAUUCUGCUUGGUCCAACGAGCAUUGUGAAGAUUCGCUAACGUAGGGAGUCCACGCGGAGCCAAGGGCAUUCGUCCUUCCCCCCUCUGCAAGCACCACCAUGUCGUCGCCGUCGUCAUCGCGCACCAUCUGGUGCCAUCAGUGUGCGACCGUCUCCUCCGUCGCCCGGCCUCCCUUCGCCGCCGUCAUGGGCGACCCGCGCUGCCCGGCGUGCGGAGGCGGUUUCGUCGAGGAGCUCCCCGCGCCCGCGCUCGCCGUUGACGCCGCUCACCCCUCUGCGCACGCCGACCCCUCGUUCGACGACGCGUGGGCGGACAUGCGCGCCGUGCUCGAGCAGCAUUCCGACCGCCUGCGCGCCGAGCCGGGGUCAUCGCGGUCGUCGUCGCCCGACAUCGGCGGGAGCCAUGCCAUUGCGCGCCACUGGGGGGCCGCUGAACCGCUGCCUUUCGCCCCGUCGCCCUCCGCGUCCCCAUCCCCACCCUCUAGCGGCGACGCCGCCAGCCCUCCCACCCGCACACGCCGCUCCCCUCGUCGUCUUAGCGACGCCUCUCGCCGCCUCGUGCUAGACUCGCUCGAUUCACUCGACGACGUGCUUCCGCUGGGCUCGCAGCAUCGCACGAGUGGUCGCAGGGAGUCGCCCAGCGGCGUGUUCGGCGACUACGGCGACGGCGAGGACGGCUUGGCGCGCUUUCUGCGCGACAUGGCGGAGGAGUCGUCGUUCCUGGAGGCGGCGACCGCGCAGUUGAGGUCGCGGAGGAGAGACGAGCGCGACGAGCAGAGGGCGGGCAGCGACCUUGAGAACACGGAAGACGCCAUGGCGCCACGCUCGGUGGCGUCACAGUCCGAGGCGGGGGCGGGGGCAGCGUUGGGUGGGGCUGGCGAGUUCUCGGGGUCGCAGGGCGACUUCUUCCUCGGGGGCGACUUCAGUGCGCUCGUGGACCGCAUUGCCACUGCGCACCCCGCCACCGACGCCAACCCUCACACACCGGCCUCACGCGCGGCAGUGCAGGCCAUGCCGCUGCGCAUCGUGCGCGAGGCGGACGUGGCGGCGGGCAUGGCGGCGUGCGCGGUGUGCCACGAGGAGAUGGAGGCGGGGGCCGUGACGCAGCAGAUGCCGUGCCGCCACGCCUACCACUCCGACUGCAUCCUGCCCUGGCUCGCCCAAACCAACUCCUGCCCCGUCUGCCGCUUCCGCCUGCCCACCCAGGCCGAGGCGGAUGCGGGCGCCGCGCGCCCCGGGGCUGGUGGACCGGGGAUGAGCGCGCAGAGGAGCGAGGGGAGCGGGGGCAGCAGGGCUUGGGAGGGCGGUGGGAGGAAGGGGAGGGAGUGGGUGGUGGGGGGUUAGGAGUGGCGGCAGUGGUGGCAGCAGCAGGGAUGGGGAGUGGGGGUGGCGUGGAGAGCAGCAGACAAGGCAUGUUGGGCAUGCGGCGUCAUGGCAUGCGGCGUCGUCCUUGUCGUCCUUGCUGCAUCGGCGCAUCCAUGCCGCCACCCCCCUGCCCUGGCACCACGACCACCCUGCUCACCACCACUCCCAACCCCACCGUGCUGCGCCCUCUCUCUCCUUUGAAGGCGUUGCAUCCGCUGCCUCCGCUGCUCGCUGGCUCGCCUCGUCCUCCUCUGCACGCCCAUCGUCUGGAGCCACAGGGACGCGGCAGGGGGGCAUGGG